AUGGAAGGUGCUGGGCACUGGGACCGCUGCGCUGUCGCGCAGGGCCGCUGGGAGUGGGACACCGACGGCGAGGUGAGGUGGCUGCAAGGCUUGCAGAAGCAAGAGCUAGCAAGGCGGAGUUCUGGGGAGUCAUUUGCUGAUUCAGAACUGCAACUGCAGGUGGCAGAGAAGGAACAGCGUGUGCAGGCGUGGUCUGCGUUGUUGAGCUCAAUCCUGAGGCAAAUAGUGGCCAAAGUCAUUGGGGAGCUGCAGGAGCGUUUGAAUAGCGAGGAAAAGCGCCGACGAGAGACCGAAAGCCUGGUCGCAGACCGUGAUGGGCAGCUGCGACACUUGCGGGAACGCCUGAGCAACGAAGAAGAGGAGCGAGUUCGACGCGAGCAGAAGGUUCUACAGUAUGAAGGCGACCUGAGGGACUCCAAACUCGAGAAGAGCGAAGUGAUGACCCGUCUAUCCGCGAAGGAGUCGCAGAUCGUGGAGCUGCAGCGGCAGCUCGCGGAGGAGCUGACGCAACGCCAGGCUGCCCAAAAGCAGCUCGUGGAAAAGGAGCGCUUGCUCAAAGACGCCUGGAGCCGCGAAGAGCCCAUCGACAGGCUGUCGGCCCAGCAAGCCAUCCAAGAGCAAGUCAUCGAAAAGGAGCGGGAGGUGUGCAGCUUGCAGCAGCAACUGGCGGAUGAGCUUUCCAAACGCCAAGCAGUACAGUACCAGAUCAUUGAGAAAGAUCGUGUGAUCUGCGAGCUGCAGACACAGAAUCGCGGCAGCAGAAAACUAUCCGGCUUGAUGAAACAUCCUGCAACGAGUGCUUCUUGUCGCCGCCACCUUGACAAAAGUGCUACUUUAACCUAUACAUAA